GCUCGGCGCCGCGUCCCGUUACUCUAGCGACGGUCUCCGGAGCCCAUGGCUACCUAGCGACUUUUCGGACUGUGCCGAGUCUGGGCCGCUUGUCCCCAACUCAUAGGGCCUUGCGGCCCGGUUGACCCGAUGUUUCAUGGAACAGUUGAAAAAGAGCUAACCAAUCAUGAAGAAUGGAGUCACUAUAAUAAUAACAUGAUAGAAGAUCAGAAAGAUUUUGUUUUUGUGAGGUUCAGUGGCCUUCAUUUAAGAUCUAUGGAAAAUUUGCAAUCUUGUAUCUCUCUUAGAGUAUGCAUCGUUUCAAACAACUUUAUUACAGAUAUUUGUCCACUUAAAAGUUGUAUAAAAUUAGUCAAACUUGAUCUCCAUGGCAAUCAGAUAAAAAGUCUACCAGAUACCAAAUUUUGGAGUGAAUUGAAGAACCUAAAACUCCUCUAUCUUCAUGACAAUGGUUUUGCGAAGUUAAAGAAUAUAUAUAUGUUAUCUGCCUGUCCAAGCCUCAUUGCCCUCACCAUGUUUGAUUGUCCAAUAAGCCUUAAAAAAGAAUAUAGACGUUUUCUUGUCAACAGUAUAUGGCCUCUCAAAGCACUGGAUCAUCAUGUGAUUUCUGAUGAGGAAAUAAUUCAGAACUGGCAUCUUCCUGAACGAUUCAAAACAUAUAACUGUCGACUUUUCUUUGAAUUCUGCACCGCUUUGAAAAAGGGAUCAACCUAUGAGGAUGAAAUUAGUAAUAUUAAAUAUAUUAUUUCAAAAAUUAAUGAAAUUCUGGCUCAUAAUUCACCAGUUUUGAUUAUUCAAAGAUGGAUACGUGGUUUCUUAGUUAGAAAAAAUUUGAGACCCUUGUUUUUGUGUAGAAAACAUCACAAAGAAUUUAUUAGUGAAACAAAAUGGAUUUACAUACACAAAAGAUAUGAAGAUAAGAUCUUUAAGGAUCUCUUUUUUCAGCCUGAAACUAAUAAAACAGGAAAGCUUGCACAUUGGAAAUAUAGUAUAUAUUCUCCUAUUGGUUUAAAAACUUCUAGUGAACAGAGAAAACAUGUUUCUUCUAUUUUAUAUGAAUUAAAAACGAAAGAUAUUGGCAUAAAAUCAAAAAAAUCAAGACAUCUCAUUCAAAAAGGUCAGAAGGAGUUUAAAGACGAAACUGAGGAUGAAGAAUUGGAUGCCAGUUUUAGGAUAUCAGUGUUCAAUCUACCCAUACAUACUUCAGAUUCACUGAAAUAUCCUUCAGUAUUAAAAGAGAAGGAACAAGAUACUUUUCCUACAUAUGCCCAGCCAUGUUCUACCACUCAUCCAAAACCAGUAAUUAAAAAAAAAGAUACACUGUUGGAAAGGAAUGCAAGAAGAGAGUUUUUUACAACACACAGAGCUGGUAUAAAACUCCAGACACUUUGUGAUAUUGAUGAAUAUUACUCAGAAGAAAAGAAGCAGGAAAGCCAUAAAAAAAACGUAACAGCUGUAACCAGGGCACAAGUUGCCCAGGAAAGAGUUAGCUUAACUGUUCAAGAAAACUUAAAUAAGAAAAAAUAUGCUGCACAAAAACUAACUGCAAAAGAUAAUGAGACAAUUCGGGACAGUUUACAACAACUUUUGCAGGACAGAUUCAACUACCUUGAAAAAGUUAGAGAGAGGAGAGCCCUAUUUCUAGAACAAAAAAAACAAAAGGCUGAAGAACGUUUAUUAAUUCAAAAUUUAAAUAAUGAACUCACUCUUUUGACCAAAGGAAUGAUUAAAAUGGACAGACUGAGAAAGAAUCAGGCUGCUUUAAAAGAGAAACGUCUGAUUGUUCAGCAAAAACUGGAAACGGAAAAAUAUCGAAAGGAUUUACUGAAACAAAUGAAGGAAAUUAGGGCUCAAGAAACAUAUAAAAGACACCGUGAAGAAAAAUUUGUUAUGGAUAUGAUUGCCUUUCAAAAAGCUUGUGAAAGAUUCCAAGAUGCUAAAACACAAGUUGCAAUUGUGAAAACGAAUUUAGUCUUUAAAGUUCCGAAAGGAAUGACAAAAUGAACCAAUGUCAGAUCACAUCCAGUGGUCAUUUCGAAUUAUGACCACUAUUUUUAGUUAAAAGACUUUGAAAUAAUACUAUGAAAGAGGAAAUACUCCAUGUCACAAGAUGGAUUUGUAUAUAAAUCUUAUAAAAAGUGUAAAGAAUAAUUAAAUGUUUCUCUUGUUGAUCAUAAUUUAACUGAAAUCAAAUUGACUUGGCACCCCCAAAAGGUUCCUUAUAUAUCCAGAUGUCCAAGGAACAAUUAAAACUGAUUUUAUUUAUUGCAGGUAGGAAAUAUUGCAAAGGCAUUGCUUAUCCUGAGUAUAGCAAUUCAUAACAUAUUUUCAGUUUUUCUGGCAACCUUAGCUUAGUAAUUUCUGCCCCAGCUGCUGACUUUAUUAUUAAGACACUGUAUACUUUGAUUAGUUUCAUUACCUGCUUUCAGAUAUUUAAUUAUAUUUCCUGUUUAUUUGUUAAAACAAUUUCUGAAUUUAUUUUUUCAAAAUAAGUGUUUCACCGUUAUAUCAGGGAUUCAUGCUCUUAUAAAAAUUCAGAAAGUAUAAAAUAUAAAAGGAAAACUAAACCUUCCUAUUAACUUCUUUGGAGAUUGUAAGAUUUUUGUAUAUUGACAUUCCAUGUGUUUGCUGUUUGUAUAUAUGUGGGGGCAGAGAGGAGAGAGAGAGAAGGUACAUGUAAUUAUAUAAUUAUGACCAUAAAGUCAUAACAUAAGGUACACAGAAAUGGUAUAUGCUAAUUUUAAGUCUAUUUAAUACAGAUUCGUGGUGUAAAAUUUAUUAAAGAACAAUGUAAAAAAAGAUAUAAAAAUGUUUUGAAAAUUUAAGUCAAUUUUCAAUAGUGUUUUCAUAUAUCUAGAAAGAUAAGUGUCUCACUAUGAUUAUGACAUUGCUCACAAUACAACGUAGCUAAUGCAGUUCAAAAUUUCUCUUUAAUACUUACCAGUUAUAAGUGCAAGUUUUUAAAAGUGUUUCUUUUUAAAAUUCUCUAAUUUUAUCAGUCUAUGGUAAAUUUCCAAAAAUGAAGUAUUUUACAACAGCAGUUAUUCAGUUGUGCUUCUAUGAUGGACCACUAGAAAAUGCUGGUAGUAUUUUCCUAAUUUCCUGUUUAAAUCCUUGGCACCAGCUCUUACUUUCCUGUUAAUACACAUACAACUAAUGAGCAAAUCAUUAGUUUUGGUAUUGGUAUGUGGUAUUUCUAAUUAUUCUUCAAAAAGAAUAAAAGGAGAUACUGUGUGGUGGUGAAAAGCAUGACAGAUGUAGGUUCUCAUAACAAGUUAGAUAAUUUCUCUGUUACCCUAGUUUUCAGUUCUGUAUUUGGAAAUAAUACAUACCUUUUUUGGAAUUUAAUGAAAAUAAUAAUCCAUGUCAUAUAGUUUUGUUAUGAGACUUAAAUGAUAAAAACACAUAAAGCAACACAAUGCAUUCUGCAGAGUAAGCAGUUAAUAAAGGUAAGUGUGUAGAAGUGGAGGCAGAAGACUUCUCUGUGUAGUUAUAGGAGAAUUUGCCAACUGUCUAUGUAAGAUUUUAGUGAUACUGUCAAGGAACAGCAGAAUUUUUUGUGUGAUAUAUUUGAAUAUAAUUAAUUUAUUUAAUCAAUACAUUUAUUGAAUGUUUCUUGCCCUUUCUCUUUGCACCUAUUCCAUACUACAGACUUUUAUAGUCUUUAUCACAUGACAGGUAAUCAGUAAUUUCCUUUAUUAUUUUCACCCAACUAUAAACUUCUUGAAGGCAAAGACUAUUUUACUCAUCUCUGUGUUUCUAUUACUUUGUACUAAGGCAGAUAUAUUACACACAAUACUUUUUCUGUUUAUAGCUCUCUUUUCCCAUUUAUGUGCUGUCUCAGGUCAAUCUCAUGACCUUUACUGCCACUUACUGUUUAUGUUUUGAAGAAUUAAAAAUAUGUAUCUCUAGGUUAUACAUUUAGUCUUAAUAUGUCUCCUAUAUUUCCAAAUGCAUGCUAGACACCUCUACGUAGAAGGCUUAAGGUUUUUUAAAAAUCAUACAUUAAAAUGGAAUUCAUUAUUAUUUUUUUUACUAUUUUCCCCCUCCUCAAUCUUGCUUCUCCUUCUGUGUUCCCAAACUCCCAUAGAUUCAUAACCAUCUAAAUGGUCUCUCAUAUUAAAAAUUUAGAAGACA